UGCGCAUAACAGAAAUAUCCGGGCAAUCAAAUUGACGUCACGUGGUUUCCCAUGCCCUUUCUUUUCGUACACCAUCAAAGCUCAAGGAGCCGGCUGGGUCGUUCUGUUCCUCCAAAGUAGUCCGCUUUAACUAAAUCAAAGAUGUCAUCAAAGAAACUUAGUUUUGCGGAAAAUUUUGCCCUCAGUGGAGCAGCUGCCGUCAUCUCAAAGACUGCUGCUGCCCCAAUCGAAAGAAUUAAGUUGCUGGUCCAGAAUCAAGAUGAAAUGCUUAAAACUGGUCGAUUGAGUGAGCCAUACAAGGGUGUCAUUGACUGCACAUUGCGUACCUACAAAACCGAAGGUAUUCUCCCAUUCUGGAGGGGUAACCUGGCCAACUGCAUCCGAUACUUCCCAACUCAGGCUUUGAACUUCGCAUUCAAAGACAAGAUUAAGCAGCUCUUCAAAGCCUCAAAAAAAGAUAGCUAUGCAGUAGGAUUUGCCAAAAACAUUGGAUCCGGAGGUCUUGCUGGAGCACUCUCUCUCUGCUUUGUCUACUCUCUUGACUACUGCCGAACUCGUCUUGCUAAUGAUGCCAAGGCAGCUGGAAAAGGUGGUGGAGAGCGUCAGUUCAAUGGAAUGAUUGAUGUCUACAGAAAGACCAUCGCCUCUGAUGGACUCGUUGGACUGUACAGAGGUUUUGUGAUCUCUUGCGUUGGAAUCAUUGUUUACAGAGGAUGCUAUUUCGGCUUUUAUGACACUUUACGACCAAUUCUCCUUGGAGAAAAUGCUAGUGUCAUUCUAUCCUUCGCUCUUGGAUACGUUGUCACAAUUAGCGCUGGUCUGGUUUCCUAUCCCAUUGACACAAUCAGGAGGCGUAUGAUGAUGACAUCUGGAGAGGCCGUUAAAUACAAGGGAUCAUUGGAUUGCGCAAUGAUCAUCAUCAAAAACGAAGGAUUUAUGAGCUUGAUGAAAGGAGCUGGAGCCAACAUUCUCAGAGGUGUGGCUGGUGCUGGUGUACUAGCCGGAUUUGAUAAAUUCCAAGCCUUGUACAUCCAGUGGCGUGUAGGAAAUGCAUCAAAAUAAUAUAUGAGAAUUUUAGUGAAAUUUCAAUGAGUGAUAUAUUUUUACCUGGUUGAACAAUACAAACAAUACAC